UGAAUAAUUAAUUUCGUCUCAUUCCAAUUGUAAAAUGUCGGAUGAGGUAGAAACAUCCAAAGACAACUCGGACUCAGUGUUCUAUAGAAGUUAUCAAGGUGAAGAGGACUUACCGUAUAUCCGAGCUCUUAUAGACAAAGACCUUUCGGAACCUUAUUCAAUAUUUACGUAUAGAUACUUUCUGAAUCAGUGGCCGCAACUAUGUCUCCUCGCAUUCUUUCAAAAAGAUUGUAUUGGUUGCAUAGUUUGUAAAAUGGAACCAAGCAAGAGGAAUAUUCUCCGAGGAUACAUCGCAAUGUUAGCAGUACGUCAAGAUUUUCGAAGACAAGGAAUCGGCAUGGAACUUGUGAAAAGAGUAAUUGAAAGAAUGAAAAUAAGUAAUUGCCAGGAAGUAGUCUUGGAAACGGAAACUACCAACAAGGCUGCUUUGUGUCUCUAUCGAAAGUUAGGAUUCAUUCGAGAUAAAUUAUUGGAACGUUAUUAUCUUAAUGGAAACGAUGCUUUUCGUUUGAAACUUCGUUUAUGCUCCAUAUUCAAUUCUUAAAUUUUUACCCAGUUGUAAAGAACUUAGCUAUCGAAUAUACCAACUCACCCUUUGAUAACUAUACCAAGCAUCCUUUUAGAUC